UAUAUGUUGUCACUCUGGCUAUAAGAACCGUGGUMAGGCCUUUUUCCUUCAGGGUGGCAUCAACAACAUCAACCUCUACGUUCAGGAGAUAUCAACUAUCAUCACAAGCCAUGGCAUUCCACUCUAAUGUGGUCGGCUCGCAGCCUGUCACUGUAACACAGUACACUGUAUCUGCUGCACGGUCAGAGUGGAGUACAAGCGUGUGCGACUGCUGUGACGACUGUGGCAUUUGUCUUUGUGCAACAUUUAUUCCCUGUAUUCUGGGCUGCAAGGUAGCUCAGGAYAAUGGGGACAGUUGCUGUCUGCCUUUCCUCCCAGGAGCCAUGAUUGCUUUGAGGACAAGCAUCCGAAGUAAAUAUAAUAUUGARGGCUCAGUGUGUGAUGACUGGGUUAUCAUGGCCUGCCUGCCUUUAUGUGGACUGUGUCAGUUGGCACGCGAGCAGAGGAUGAGGAGUUAAAUUAAAGAACAUUGACUGUUUUUCAAAAACCAAACACAUGGAAACUAUGCAAUGAUUUUUAAAUUGACAUUCGCUGGUAUGAUUGUAGAAAGUUGAAUAAAUACCAGUUUAUAAACUGA